AUGCUAUCUUCUGAAUUUUAUUCAAGUCUUUCAAGGGAUUUAACAAGUUUAUUGACAGAUUCGUCAGAUUAUAAUAUGAUCAUCAAUGUGGGAGAGGAGCCUAAUGUGAAGCGGUAUCAUGUACACUCGAAUAUUUUAAGGGUUCGAAGUAAAUAUUUUUCUAAAGCCGUUAGUGCGGAUUGGGUUAAAAAGAAGGAUGGAAUCAUUUUAUAUGAGAAACCGAAUAUCGAGAGCGAUGUUUUCGAUAUUAUACUAAGUUACAUUUAUGGGGGGAGGAUCAAUUUCACUGAUGACACAAGUUCAUGGAAGAUAUUUGAUUGUUUAAAAGCGGCUGAUGAAUUAUGCCUGGAAGAGUUUUUGGAGUACACACAGGAUUACCUGUUGGAGAAUCGUAAGGAAUGGUUAAAAGACAAUUUAUCUAUCAUGUAUCAAGACACAUUUCCACCAAGUUCUUUGACAAAGAUACAAGGAUAUUGUAUAAAUCAAAUUCGAAAAUAUCCUUUCAUGCUCUUUAAUUCAAAAGAAUUCGUUGACAUACAUGAGGAAUGUUUGAGGGUGUUGGUACAAGAUGAUUACCUAGAGAUUAAUGAAUUGGAAUUAUUCGAAAAAUUAAUUGAAUGGGGUGUGGCCAGGACGAGGGAUUUAAAUCAAACGGACAAUCAAACAAUUAAUGAAAAGAAUUUUGACUUAUUAUCAUCAACUCUUGAUAAAUUAAUCAAACAUAUCAGGUUUCAUAACAUGGAUAGUGAGGGAUUUUAUUCAAGGGUCGAACCAUUGAAAUCGGUUCUGGGGACGAAAUUUUAUGAUGAGAUGAAAGUUUAUCAUAAUAAAUCCAGGAUAAAAGAUGAAGGGACCUCGAACGGUGUUUCCACCUCUCCCAUACCGAAAUCAAAUAAUUUGUUACCACAUCGUGGGGCGAUAAUAUCAAAAAUAAUGAACUUGGAACAAGGGGCGAUAAUUUCAAGUUGGAUUGAUAGGAAGGAUUUACCAUCAGAUGGAAUCGGUCAUGAUAUGAGUAGAACCAAUCGUCAGGGGAGGAUCGCAAGACCAACAAUUGAAGAGAGAGGAAAUGCUUUAAACAUGUGGAAAAGUAGCGGUCCAAGUUUUGGAAAAUUUGAUAUUUUAAUGCAAAAUGGUGGCAUUAGGCUUAAACAUAAGAGUUUUGUUCCAAACAUCAUACCUUUAAAAGACGGUGAGACUUUUAAGAUUGAAGAUUAUGAGGUUUUUGAGGUCACUCAAAAAGUUGAAAAUAUCGUAGAUAGGAGAGAGAGAGAGAAUGGGGAGAUUGCUGUCGAAAUCCAAUCAUAA